AUGGUUGUUCUAGAAUGUCAUAUCAGCAUCCAUCAGGAUCUCCGGGUUCUGUCUCUUAUGGGGGAUCACCGUCGCCUGUCGUCUAACCGAAGCCGUCUGUCCAUCCGAUGCACCCAUAAUACAGACCCAGUAAUCCCGACCAGCCACGAGGCCUGGAAGAAGUGUCGAUUCUCAGACAGACAAACGGCCGAGCACGGGAUAAUUAGUCCGUUUGUCUGCUAUAGAAGAAGUAAGUAUAUCAGAAAGUGGAGUGAAGAAGGGAUGCUGAGGCCGAUACUCCGUACACACCCUUUUUCGGGUAUAAUUCCGACUGUUUCUUCACACACGGAGCUCCAUGACUCCACGGCUCAGUUGUCACUGUGGAUUGGCUGCGAUUAUGAUGGGUACCAGUUGCAGCGCAAGAAGAGGACAAACGACUCCACCGUCCGGCGCAAACGAACAAACGUCGUGGCCAUGGAUCAAGGUUGGAUUUUCAUGUCUCCAGCCCCAUUAUCUUCAUUAUUCCUCCCGCCUUUCAAACCAGCCCAGCAAUGCCGCAAUUGCGCAUAUUCAGAACUCUUUGCAUCUCGAAUGAUAGCCACCUCUGCCUCUCCCUUGUCAACAUCGACAGAACAAGAAGGCAGCAAAGGGAGUUGGACCGCAGCCAAGAGGCUAAUUACUUUCGACCAACUGAGAGAUUUGGGGGGUUUUGAAAUGAAAAGAAAAAAGAAAAGGGAAAACGGAAAAAGUUCCUAUCCCAUGCCCAGGGGGGUGACCCAAAGGAGGCUGCCUGCUGCCCACACUAAGGCAUGCGAGAGUAGGGAAGAUGCGUCUCCGGAAUAA